AUGCGGUACAUUCACUCCGAGGAAAGGCUGCCAAUCCCCGACAAUGUGAAGGUUCACAUUCGUUCGCGGAUUGUGACCGUUGAGGGACCCCGAGGCAAGCUCGUUAAGGACCUCUCUCACCUUGCCGUCACCUUCGGCCGCCCCGAGAAGAACGUUAUCUCGAUUGAGCUGCACCACGGUGCCCGUAAGGGUGUUGCUACCCUCCGCACCGUCCGCACCCUCAUCAACAACUUGAUCAUCGGUGUUACCAAGGGCUUCAAGUACAAGAUGCGCUAUGUCUACGCUCACUUUCCCAUCAACGUCAACAUUGAGAAGAACGGCGAGACCGGCCAAACCGAGAUUGAAAUUAGAAACUUCCUUGGCGAGAAGUACGUUCGCCGUGUUACUGCCCAGCCCGGUGUUGAGGUCGCUACCUCCCCCAACGUCAAGGAUGAGCUCCUGCUCUCCGGUAACUCCCUCGAGGGUGUCUCCCAGAGUGCCGCCGACAUUCAGCAAAUCUGCAGAGUGAGAAACAAGGAUAUCAGAAAGUUCCUUGACGGUCUGUACGUGUCGGAGAGGGGUAACAUUGUUGAGGAAUAA